AUGCACCAUCAAGAUUCUUGUAUUGAUACCCUAAUAGAUCCCCCGGACGAGAAAUUCGAUGUUGCUUAUAAUCCCUAUUAUUUAUCCCAGGAAUCUUCUUCUCCUGCAGUUCAUCCGAUCGAUGCGCAUCCAGCUUCUAGCUUUAUUUUACUUGGGAAACUGAAGUCGUCCGUAAACGAGGUGCUUUAUUCUCUAGGAUCCGCGGGUAAUACAUACGAUGUAAAUGAUUACAUAUCUGUUACAGAAGAGUGUCUGAAGGAGCUUAAGAAUAUCAAGCUAGGACGCCAAAUUGAAUCACGGCGUGCGAACAUCCAUAAACACUUAACCGUGUGUUCCCCUAUAAUCUUAGAAUUACAUGACGAUUCGCAUCGGGAAGAAUCACCACAAGUUUGCACUCCAAUACGCUCUCAAAGUGUUCUGAAAAAUCACAUUUCUGCGAUUAUGCGACAAAAAAAAUUAUCCCCAAAGGCAUCGCCGUUUGUGUCGGAUGAGAUCACUCGGGAUAAUAUCGAGGAUGCUCGACACGCGUCCGCCCUUCGAAAUGAAGAGCGUCAGCGACAGGCCGAAGAGCGUCGGCUCUAUAAUCUCAACGAGAUUAAAAUCCGUCUAGAAGCGGCCGAGGCACGUGGGCAGCGUGCAAAAGCAAGGAGAGAAGCAGCAGAGCAGAGACAAAGAGAGGAGACUAUGGAUCGACAGGAAAAUGCCGUUCGUCGGAUUGAGGAGGCUCGGAAGCAGACUGUUGAACGAGCACAGCGAGCUCAUUCUCACGUCGACGAAGUCCGCCUUACAAAUGAGCUACGUCGCCAAACUAAAGUUCUCUUACUCGACAAAAAAAUGAGUGAAGUAGGGCAUAACCAAGAAGUCAAGAGAGAAGCCCAGGAACGGCGUGCGCAAGAGCGACGGGAAGCGAUGUCUGCUGCCGCCAAGCGACGCAGGGACCUCAGCGAAGAAAGGGCUGAAAAACAGCAACUAAGGGAUCUGCAACGACAGGAAAUUCUACGGCGUCUUGAAGAGCAAAAAAGAUUGGAGCUUGAGUUGAAGCAACAAAAGGCCGAAGAAUGGGAAAAAAGGGUACAACAGCGCCAAGAAGAAGUCCAUGCUGAAAUGGAAGCCCUAAGCCGAAAAGCUGAAGAAAAGUUUCAGCAAAGCCAACAAAUUCUCGAAGAGCAACGUGAGAAAAGAAGACAAAAGUUAGAGAGGGAAGACCAAAAACAGCGUGAAGCUAAGAGUCGGCGUGACCGUGAGGGAGAAUCGAAGACGAUGGUUCAUGAAACAAUGGCAUUUAUUUGUGUUCAGAAAGACGACGAGAUGCCAUUUCGCGUAUCCAAGCUUGUCUUGUCCUCUUCUAGACAAGGAAAAGCCUUUUCUGAUAAUUAUCAAAAAGAGUGUCUCAUUUCCACGAAAGAUCUUAACAGGAGUAAGCUUCGCGUCGCUUUUAGUCGACUCUCCACCUUUUUGAAUACCACCUCUGUUGUGCAAUGUAAGCAGCCGUUGCACGACAUCAGCGCAUUGGAUUUGUGUAGUAUAGACUAUGAAUUUAUCCGUUAUUUCAAUUCAUUUGAGAUAAUUGCAGGUCUUAUUACCAGCGCAAGGAGAGCUCGUGAUGUGGCUGUAGUACAACAAGCCACUAGCCUGUUGCGACGAUUGUUUGUCGAUGAAGUAGAAGGAAAGCAAAAUGUGAUAUACUUCCUGAGGAGCGGUGAUUUGGUGCCUUUGCUUUUGGAAUCAUGGGAAGAAGCAACGUUUCUGCGACAACAUAACAAUCCUAGUACCAACGCUGAUAUUAUUCUUUCAAUUUUAGAAGUUGUAGGCACCUGCCUUGAACAGGUGUGUUUUGAUAAUCAGUCUAAAAUUGCCCCUCUGCUUAAUCAAAUAUUAAAUGACCUGGACAUAACGGGCGUCGAUCGCAUUUGUUUCUCAAUAAUUAAAACACCAUCUAUAGAAGCAGAACUCAACCUUACGCAUUGUGCACUGCGGAUUUUAUAUGCAGAGUUGAACGUCAUUUCUCGUUAUCGCAACGAAUCCCGAACCCUUUGGUUUCAGCAUGUCACUGCUUCCUUUUUUUCGUUGCUUCAGAAUACUGUACUUGCCGAUAAAAAUCCAUCACAGCCUGAACGAUCGCUUAGUGGUGCUCAAGUAGUUGUGCUCUUCAGUGCAUUACGUGUACUCAACAUGCUUGCACGGUGGCAACUCUCCGCUUUUCAAAAUUUGCUUUCUGAAGCCAUUACUUCAGUUACUGCCACUUCAAUCUCUGAAUCAAAUGGUGGGGCACUCAUAAAGGACAACACCACACAUGUUGCCGAUUUGUUUCGGCCUCUGCAAAUCACAAGGAUGGAGCUUUUUCAUGUUCUUAAUGGCUUUUUUGCUUACAUUCAGGAACAUGUAGAGGAUCUAGAGGUGAUACCCCCAAACGCGGGCUCGUCUGCGCCAAGCACUGCUAAAGCCUCUUCAUAUGAGGACGCGCUGAGAGUUGGCAUCACUUUAACACGUUUGCCUACUUACUUGUUCCCGUCUCCAGCAUCCAGAGGUGCCAAUGGGUAUAUUGCUGAAGAAUACAAACCAGGCGGAAAGAGGUACCCCCUUCGAGCAGCUUUACAUGAAUGUAUUUUGCUGGUUGGGUAUCUCUGUUUGGAUAAUCCCUUUUUACAAGAAAUGAUCUCCUGGGGCAAGGGGAAGACCUUAAUAGGAAAUAUGUUAAGCUUCCUUCCAAUUCACUACUUCUCCAGCGCUCGACAUAUCCUCUUUCCUACCAUAUUAUGUUUAAUAUGCGAAAACAACCAAAUCAUCAAGUUUAUUCAGGAUGAAAUGGAGCUGAAGGCGUUACAUUCUUUUCUUUUUCAGGAGUAUGAAAACCUUAGUAAAAAAGCUAAGUCAUACGCUCAAACGUACUCGCAGCAGUUAGAAGCCUAUCGAUCAAAGGUGGAUGCACAAUGUUCUGUUGUGAAUACUUCAACAAAAAUAAAGGGCAAAUGUUCGACCGAAACGGUGCAUGAAGAUCAAGAUAUCUUAGACACUACACCACGUUCUACCAAUAUAGGGGAAACAUCACCCUUUCUCGAGAAAGAGAGGCUCUGUAAACUUUUAAGAACAUGUGGUGUCUCGUCAGAUCCGAGCUUUUAUCGUAUUGAACGUCGGUUACCUAUUUCAUAUUGGCCAGGUAUUUUGAAUCAACUUGAACAAUUCCUUAAUUAG